AUGAGUGUUUGUUUCGCGAGAAACUCGAUGCCCGACAAAACGGAUGACAACUUUCAAAACGAUUGCCUCCAAUCGAGUAAUACAUUCCGUGCUAAACACCAUUCACCCGGCUUUAAAGUGGACCCUGCUGCUGUAGCGUACGCAAAGUCCCGGUGCGCACUGAUCUCACAAUACCCUCGUCUAUCACAUGGCCAUGCCGGGCUAAAGGACUAUGGUGAAAACUUAUAUUGGGCUGGUAACUCGCAGGAUGUUAUGGCUGGAAAGAUGAUUCACAAAAACUGUUGA